UUUCCUCUUCAAUCUCCUCCACCCAACCCAAUCCCCUAAUCUUUUCCCUCUUUUAUUCCAUUUUCCUUCCUCAUUUCCCCCAUUUUCUCUCACCUUCUUCCUCAAUCAUCCAUGGCUGCCGCUGUAACUGCUGCCGUUUCUUUCCCUUCCAAAUCCUCUUCUCUCCCUUCCAGAACUCCUCUGAUUUCCCCCGACAGAAUCUUCCUCAAGAAGGUUCCGGUGUUUUACCAUGGCGGAAGAGCCGCGGUGGGUCCGAUUAGAGCUCAAGUGACUACGGAGGCUCCGGCGAAGGUGGAAAAAGAGUCGAAGAAGCAAGAGGAAGGAAUCGUGGUUAAUAAGUUUAAACCUAAGAGUCCGUACGUCGGACGAUGCCUUUUGAACACCAAAAUCACCGGCGAUGACGCUCCCGGCGAGACUUGGCAUAUGGUAUUCAGUACUGAAGGGGAAGUGCCCUACAAAGAAGGGCAAUCAAUUGGGGUAAUUGCUGAUGGAGAGGACAAGAAUGGGAAGCCUCACAAAUUGAGAUUAUACUCUAUUGCCAGCAGUGCCCUUGGUGACUUUGGUGACUCCAAGACUGUUUCUCUAUGUGUGAAGAGGCUGGUGUACACCAAUGAACAAGGAGAGAUUGUCAAAGGAGUUUGCUCUAACUUCUUAUGUGACCUAAAACCUGGAGCAGAGGUGAAGAUAACAGGACCUGUGGGAAAAGAAAUGCUUAUGCCUAAAGAUCCCAAUGCUACAGUUAUCAUGCUUGCAACUGGAACUGGAAUUGCUCCAUUCAGAUCAUUCUUAUGGAAAAUGUUCUUUGAGAAGCAUGAAGACUACAAGUUCAAUGGUUUGGCAUGGCUCUUCUUGGGUGUCCCAACAAGUAGCUCACUUCUCUACAAAGAGGAAUUUGAAAAAAUGAAAGAAAAGUAUCCCGACAACUUUAAGUUAGACUUUGCAGUUAGUCGAGAGCAAACGAACGAGCAGGGUGAGAAAAUGUACAUUCAAACUAGAAUGGCUCAAUAUGCUGAGGAGCUUUGGGAAUUAUUGAAGAAGGACAAUACCUUUGUCUACAUGUGUGGACUUAAGGGCAUGGAGAAGGGAAUUGAUGACAUUAUGGUCUCUUUGGCUGCUAGAGAUGGUAUUGAUUGGAUGGAAUACAAGAGGCAAUUGAAGAAAUCAGAGCAAUGGAAUGUGGAAGUUUAUUAAUUUUAUAAAAAUAACUUGUACAUUUUGACUUGAAAUAUCCCUCUUCAACCUACCUCAGGCUGCAUUAUUACGUAGAUAUAGGUAAUUUCCUUUUUAAAUUUUUCUGUAUUUUUCUCCUAUUUUAAUUUUCAAUUCUAUUGUUAAUUAUGCCCAUAAAAAAAAAAAAGAAAAAGAAAAAGAAAAACCUCUCUCAUUUAUGAGAAUCAUCCACUAAAGGGAAUACUUCAUUCCAAGUC